AUGUUGGCUGUCACUGCUCAUGUUCAUCGAACAAUUCAUAAUUUUAACUUAUUUCCAUCAGAUAACAAAAAUGAUUUAGAGAAAGAACGUAUUGGCAUCAUUGCUACUCGUCUUUAUAUUUUCUUAACACUUGUUGGUCUUAUAAUUCUUGGUUUUUAUACAUCUUUUUCAAAACGUAGUCAUACAUUUACAGUUGAACGGCCUUCACUUUUGCAAUUUGAAGAACUAUAUUCAAUGCAUUCGUCAAAAUUGAAUUGUCCAUGUUCACGUUUUUCAAUGUCAUAUGCUCGAAUAAUGUCUCUCUCUCCACGUUAUCAUUCGAUAUGUUCAAGUGAAUAUCUUGAAGAACAUUGGUUAUCUUAUUUUGGUCAGGUAGAACUUGAUAUUGAGAGUAUUUUAUUAUUAUCAACUGAUUUUCGAAUUACUGGUCAAUCAUUUUUUGAUUUAAUGCGUAUAUUAUGUGAAACAUCACGCGAAACAAUUGAAAAUGCAUUAAGAGUAUUUCGAUCGAAUCGAUUAGUUACAAUGAAUGCAUUAUCACGUUCACAAUUUAACAUUGAAACUAUGACACGUAUGAAACAAUUUGAAAAACGAACAAUAACUUCUUUUGUUGAUCUGAUCAAAUUAGUUCGUUCAUCAAUUCAAACAAAUCAAUUAGCUGAUGAAGCUUGGACAAAUGUUGAACCUUCAUCACAAUAUAAUAAUGAAACAUCCAAAUGGUCAUUUCGUUUUCGAUCAAGAGCUUUUCGUACCAAUUCAUGUUCAUGCGCUGUAUCAAAUCAAUGUACUCAUCCUGUUGGUUUUUAUUUUCAAACAGAUACAAGUCGUUCUCAAUCUAAUAUAACUGUACCUGGUCUAGUUCUUGGUUGUUAUACCAUUGAUUCUCUUCUUUUGUCUACAUUAGAAUGCUUUUACGAUAAACAAUGUGUUAAACUUGUUGUUGAUAAUUACGACUUUGAUGUUGUUGGUUUAGUUCGACCAUUAAACAGUCAUGCUGUUCAAAUAGAACCACUUCGAAAUGAGAAUAGUCGUUUUUAUCCAAAUACAACAAUAAAUGAAAUUUUUUCACAAUUAUUUGUUGAAGAUUGGAUUAAUUCAAGUAAUUUUACAUCAUAUUAUACACGGUGUGAACCUACACAAUGUACUUAUACUAUAGGAAAACAUAUUAGUCUGACUUAUAUGUUGACUAUGAUGCUUGGAUUUUAUGGUGGAUUAAGUGCCAUUUUAGAAAUAGUUUUACCGCCAAUUGUUAAGGUAAUUUUACAGCAAUGGCCAAAACGAAAAAAACGAAUACAAUUAAACAAUCUUAAUAAUAUCACAACGGAUACAAUAAUGGAUUCUUCAUCAAAAGAACCAUCUCAUUCUUCUAAGAAUAUUUCUGAAAAAUUGUUAUCAUUGAAUUUAUUUGAGAGCGAGCGAUCUUCGACAGAGAAACGAUUUCUACAUAAAGAAAUCAUUGCUACUCGCAUUUAUAUAUUUCUCUUCAUAUUAUGUUUAAUUGCUGCCAUUAUUUAUUCUGGUCCAUUCAGUAAUGAAACAAAAUUGACCGAAAAAAAAUCUCCAACAAUGAAUAUUGUCAAUGAUCUUCAUCAGAAAAAUAUUUCAAGUCUUUCAUGUCCUUGUUCAAAAGUAGCUAUUCCUUAUUCGAGAUUUCUAUCAAUAAAACUAGAUUAUCAUUCAAUAUGUUCAAGUGAAUAUGUUUCUCCAUUAUAUAGUAUUAAUUUAUUAAAAAAAAAUGAUAGUUUAUCAUUAGCAUUAAGCACACACUAUCGUGUAUUACGUUCACUUUGUCAAUCAUCUCAUCGUUUUAUCAAAAAUGCUGAAGAAGUUUUUGGUACUCGUGAACUGAUUAGCAUAGAAACAUUAACUCGCUCUUCAUUUGAUUUUCAAAUACAAGCGUUAAUUUCAACAUUUAUUUCUCAAACUUCUGCUGAUUAUCGUCGAACACUUUCAUUUAUAGUUGAUUCAUUUAGUGCUAAUCAACUAUUACAUCUUUUUACAAGUAACUGGCAAGUUGAUUUUAGUGAUGAAAAUGAAAAUUAUACAAUAAAAACAUUUCCACAACGUUUUUCAUCAUCAAACUGUAGUUGUGCAAUAUCAUCAAAUUGCAGUGUACAAUUAACAGGAGAUAUUCUUACUGGUUGUUUUCCUUAUUAUGGAUUUCGUUUAUCGAAAUUUCAAAAUUUAUCAUUAGGAAAAUUAAGUGAUGAUUUAUUUAUAGAAAAAUGGAAUAAUAAAAGUAAUUAUACAAAUUAUUUUGAAGCAUGUCAACCAUUAGAAUGUCGAUAUACGAUAUCGGAUAAAAAUAAUCCCAUAUUUAUAUUAAUAACACUUUUAGGAUUAUACGGAGGUUUGAAAUAUUUUUUACGUUUGUUUACCGGUCAAUCAUUAAUUGCUUAUCGAUGGUGGAUUGAAAGUUCAUCGAAAGCAACAAAUACAAUCGAAAUUAGCUGA